CAGGAAUUAAGAGACUUGCACAAACGAUUCCAAGGAGAGGAAUGAAACUCAAAUGUCCACUACAGUGGACAUAAGUCAAUGGGCUGGGUCUCAGGAGGAUAUAAAUGUCAUGCCUUGCGUGUCCCAGUAGUCUAACCAAACCAAAAUUUAGAUAUUAAACAUUUUAAACUGUAACUUUACCAACAUACCAGAGCACUGCCUCCUGAUCAAAGACUGUAAAGCAUGGAUGUAUUAUUAUUAUUAUUAUUAUUAUUAUCAGCAUUAUUCUCCUGAUGAACAGGCACUGCGGUAGUUACCUCUUCUUUUUUUUUUUUUUUUACCCCGGGUCCUUUUUGUGGACUAACAAAGAUGGCGGCGUCCAUGUUGUGCAGGAGGACGGCAAUGUUAUGUAGGACUUUAAAGGGACUUUCAUGUUCGAAAACUGUACUUUCUGCGAACUCCCAAAGUGGGUUUCUGUUGCAGGCGGCGUCCUAUAACCCCAAACCUUUAAAGCUAAACCUCCGGGAGCCCUACGUCCCAGACAAAGACAGCGAGAAGACGCCGGAGUGGCAGAAGACGGCCCGGUAUGACAGGAAGCUAUUCGGUCGCUACGGCUCAGCGUCGGGUAUCGACCCUGCGUCGCUGUGGCCCAGCCAUGAGCAGCUGGACAAGAUCAUCGCAGAGGAACAGGACUGGCACCCUCCGUUAGAGGUAAUGCUGAAGAACAUUGAGGCCAGGGAGAAGCAGGAAACCGAAAAACGGCUGGCAAAAGAGAAACUCCUAGCAGCAAACAUGGCCAAAAUGCCUAAGAUGAUAGCGGACUGGCGCAGAGAGAAGCGGGAAACCAAGCACAAGCUGAAGGAGGAGAAAGCGCGGCGUGCAAAGUUGCUGGCCGAGGCCAGAGAGCGCUUUGGCUACGCAGUGGACCCCCGCAGCCCCAAGUUCUUGGAAAUGGUUGCUGAAAUAGAGAAGGAAGAGAAGAAGAAGAAGAAACUAAUGAAACGCAGACUGAAAGAGGAGCAGGUGGUGGCCCCUGUCACACCUCCUGCUGCUUCCUCAUAGUCUUAGACGGAGUCAUUUCAGACAUACAGAACUGCUGGGGCUUGGUCUAACUACUUACUGAGAUGGAAGGUGUGCUGCAUAAUACAACUCACUGGGACAUUUGUAAAAGAGUAUCUGAAUACAGGUUAGAAAAAAAAAACCUAAUGUUAUUUUUCAUUAUCUCUUUAUGUAUUUAGCUAUCACUGAAAUAAAUACAUUGCUGUACAGAAA